GCUUAGCGGAAGGAAGAGGCGGAAGUGGGGCGGGGCUAGGUGACAGCGUUUGGAGCGUCCUUUAAACUACAGAUCGGGAUUUUAUUCAGUCGGAUUUGGGCAGAGCCAGCACCUCUUGAGCAGAACCAGAGUCGACUCCGCCUGUCCCAGUGUGUUAGUGACUGACCGCCAUGCCCAGAUACGAAAUGGCUCUGAUCCUCAAGGCCAUGCAGAGGCCUGAAACCGCAGCUACUUUAAAGCGCACAAUCGAGGCUCUCUUUGAACGGGGGGCUGUCGUACGAAACCUGGAAAAUUUAGGAGAAAAGGCUCUUCCAUACAAAAUCUCCAAGCACAACAUGCGCCAUGCUCAAGGAGGGUAUUUCUUGAUAGAUUUCCACGCCCCUCCGACCAUCGUUCCGAGUAUGUUGGACCACUUGUCUCGGGAUAUUGAUGUAAUCAGGCCGACAAUUCUGAAACAGGAGCAGCAGAAGAAAGAGACAGAGUGUCCUGGGAUCCUCCCAGUCAACCUCGAGGCUAAAUUCAAGAGCAGACGAAAAUGACCUCUGCGGUAGCCCUGACCUUAGCCCUUGGGUAACGCAUGUAUAUUUGUAUGAGCUUUAAUAAAGAAAUGCCUUUAGCAGUG